CUCGCGUACGACGUUAACGCACGACAACCCAAUUGCAAGCCCUAAUUUACUUCAAUUCAACACAUUGGCUACGCAAUUCAUAUGACCGGGCCAACUACGCCGAAAUCGAAUACCAUAUGGGCCUCAUGCAAUGGUGCCUCAAAAGUCGAAGCUGCUUCUGUUGAGCAUCGGUUGCCAACUUGGGAAGAUCGGCGUAUUCCCGACGGAUAUGGAAGGCGGUCACUCCAGCGAACUGGCCGAGAAGCCCAUGACGACGAUAUCCCGGCAUUGUUUCGGAGAUGACUCGGAAGAAUCUCCCUUUUCUAUCUCGAUCAUUGAGAACAUGAAAGAGGACUAUGGCCUGUUUGUCUGGCCAUGCAGUAUCGUCCUGGCCGAGUAUGUUUGGCAACAGAGAUUGCGCUUUUCUGGAGCCAGCGUGAUUGAGCUAGGCGCCGGGACUUCCUUGCCUGGUUUGGUUGCCGCGAAAGUGGGUGCUAACGUCACUCUUACCGACGCGUCCGAUAGAACAGAGGUGCUGGACAACAUGAAAAAAGUGUGUGACCUGAAUAAACUCAAGUGCAAUGUAAUGGGUCUGACUUGGGGAGUUUGGGAUGCAUCUAUAUUUAGUUUACACCCAAAGGUUAUUCUUGGGGCAGAUGUAUUGUAUGACACUACCGCCUUUGAUGAUCUCUUUGCCACGGUGACAUUCCUGUUGCAAAAUUCUCCGGGGUCAGUCUUCAUAACAACCUACCAUAAUCGAAGUGGGCAUCAUCUAAUUUCGUUCUUGAUGGCAAAGUGGGGGUUAAAGUGUCUAAAGCUUCUUGACGUCUUCUCAUUCAUGCCUUCUGACAAGGCAUCUGGGUUGAGUGGCAACAUUCAAUUGACAGAGAUUGUUCUGAAUAAUGGUCAUACGAAAUAUUUGUAGCAAGAUGAUUCUUGUUCAUCUUAAGUGCUCAGCAUGGAGUCUUUGCUUGUUGACUUUUGCCACUCAUCUUGGUUGAUGAGGUAGUGGUUUACUGACGGAAAUGUAUGUGCAAGGAGUUGCAAUCCUUGAAUACUAUGGUAGUCUAAUGUAUGUGAUUACGUGGGGAGCCAAUAAAAUUAGUUGCACUUUUGGAAUGAAUUCCAUCAA